AUGGACAUAUAUGAGCCAUUCCAACAAGUUAACAUGUGGGGUGAUAACUUUAAAGUUGAAGGUGGUUUGAGUUCAAUUGCUUCUUCACCAAUGUUAAUGGUGAACACUACUAAUAUAGAGAACAAGAGUGAAUAUGUUCCUCAUGAACCAAGAGAGUCUUCUGGAGCUGAUCAAGAGGCUAUAGAUAGUAAGGCGCUACGACGCCUCGCUCAGAAUCGAGAGGCCGCUAGGAAAAGUCGAUUGCGCAAAAAGGCUUAUGUUCAACAAUUAGAAACAAGCAGAUUGAAGCUGAUGCAACUUGAGUUGGAGAUUGGAAGAGCAAGAAAGCAGUUGCAGGGUAUGUGCAAUGGAAAUUCCUUAGAUACAAGUUUUAUGGGAUCAUCUGAAACAAUAAAUCCAGGAAUCGUCGCGUUUGAAAUUGAAUAUGGAAAUUGGGUCGAAGAGAGUCAUAGGCGUAACAAUGAGCUAAGAAAUGUAUUUCAAGCUAACGCGCCCGAGGUGCAGCUCGGUCAGGCUGUUCAGAAUGUCUUGGAUCAUUACGCGGAUCUUUUUCGAAUGAAAGCUGACGCUGCGAAGGCUGAUGUGCUUUAUUUAAUCUCGGGCGUAUGGAAAGCAUCGGCCGAACGCCUUUUCCUAUGGAUCGGAGGAUCACGCCCGUCACAGCUUCUAAACCUAAUCGUGCCGCAACUUGAGCUAUUGACGGAUCCACAAAUCGCUAGCAUAAAGAAGCUUUGUCUGUGUUCUCAGCAAGCUGAAGACGCUCUUUCACAAGGACUCGAUAAACUCCAGCAGAGUCUUGUGCAAGACAUGUCAGUUGAUCCAUUCAGUGCAGUAAAUCAUGGAAUUCAGAUGGCUUUCGCUAUAGGAAAAUUCGAAGCGCUGGAAGGUUUUGUAAGCCAGGCAGAUCACCUUAGGCAGCAAACUCUGAUACACAUGUCGCGAAUUCUGUCUACUCGCCAAGCGGCUAGAGGCUUGAUUGCUCUCGGGGAAUAUUUUCAUCGUCUUCGAACUCUUUGUUCUCUUUGGACUUCUCGUCCUUGCAACACGGUGAUAUCGCCUAAGAUUAGUCCUUAA